CGAGCGCACACACCGGGCUGUGGCCGCGCGGAGUCGGCAGCCUCGCGCUCGCCUCUCGGGCCUGGGACACCGCGCCCUGCGUGGCCGCCGUCUUCCCAGCCCGCCCCCUCCGCGGCCCCGUCGCUCUCCGGUCUCCCCCCCACAACUCCCUUCAAGGCGGCAGCUGCCAUGGGCACCGACAGCCGCGCGGCCGGGGCGCUCCUGGCGCGGGCCAGCACUCUGCACCUGCAGACGGGGAACCUGCUCAACUGGGGCCGCCUGCGGAAAAAGUGCCCGUCCACGCACAGCGAGGAGCUUCGAGACUGUAUCCAAAAGACCUUGAAUGAGUGGAGUUCCCAAAUCAGCCCAGAUUUGAUCCGGGAGUUUCCAGAUGUCUUGGAAUGCACCGUGUCCCAUGCAGUUGAGAAGAUAAACCCUGAUGAGAGAGAAGAAAUGAAAGUGUCUGCAAAGCUGUUCAUUGUAGGAUCAAAUUCUUCAUCAUCAACUAGAAGUGCUGUUGACAUGGCGUGCUCAGUCCUUGGAGUUGCGCAGCUGGACUCUGUCAUCAUUGCUUCGCCUCCCAUUGAAGAUGGAGUGAACCUUUCCUUGGAGCAUCUGCAGCCUUACUGGGAGGAGCUAGAAAACUUAGUGCAGAGCAAGAAAAUUGUUGCUAUCGGCACCUCUGAUCUCGACAAAACACAGCUGGAGCAGCUGUACCAGUGGGCACAGGUAAAACCAAAUAGUAACCAAGUUAAUCUUGCCUCCUGCUGUGUGAUGCCACCAGAUUUGACGGCAUUUGCUAAACAGUUUGACAUACAGCUACUGACUCAUAAUGACCCAAAAGAACUGCUUUCUGAGGCGAGUUUCCAAGAAGCUCUUCAGGAAAGCAUCCCCGACAUCGAAGCCCAGGAGUGGGUGCCAUUGUGGCUGCUGAGAUACUCCGUCAUUGUGAAAAGCAGAGGAAUUAUCAAGUCAAAAGGCUACAUUUUGCAAGCCAAAAGAAGGGGUUCUUAACUACAACUCAAGCUCAAAACUUACUGACCUGUAUUUAUCUCAGACAUAAGAUAAAAAAUUUGUAAGAGAAAAUUGAGACGUGUAAAAAAAUCUAGCUCUUGCCUAUAACAGGUGUCAUUGAGGCAUUAUCUUCAGUUGUCUGGCAGUGUGUUGUCGAGGUUUGAAUACUUCUGCCUUUGCCUCAGCACUCACGGGAACCACUGUAUUGUUUUCAUUAAACUAUUGUUUUCUAACUGAAAUUGUCUAUAAAGAAAAGUACUUGCAAUAUAUUUCCUUUAUUUUUAUGAGUAAUAGAAAUCAAGAAAAUUUGUUUUUAGAUAUAUUUUGGCUUGGGCAUCAGGGUGAUAUAUAUACAUAUUUUUUAUUUCCAAGAUUCAUUAAUUGCUUCUUACUCUAUACUCUAUAACUAAGCAAUUAAAUUACAGUUGUUUAAACUAGAUACUGGAAGAUAUUUUUUCCUGUCAUUGGCAAAAUAAUCUAUCUCAGAGUAACUACAGCAGCUGCGAUCUACUAGUAAUGUAAAUAAAAUUCAUUCUUUGAUCCAUGAAUAGAAACUUAAUCUGUGUGUUCUUACUAACUGUGAUUUGACCAUGUGCUCUGUGUCAUGUUCUUUUCACCUGUUAUUUACAAAGGCAAGCCAAAGUGAAUCUGAGAAAGAGGCUUGAAGCUUUGGCACUAUUGUUGGGGAGUUUAGAAAAAGGACCACUGUCAUCUUCAGAUUCUUUGGGGCUCUUAGUGCAUUCUUGCUGUGUCACUGUGCAUUCAAGAACGUUCACUAGUUCCAUUGUACUUGACACUGUGGCCCUGGAGAGACGAUGAGAGUCAGCUAAGUAAAACGUGAUGUCGGUACCUAUUACUGACGAGGAGAGAAUAAAGCCAGCAAAGACUGAGGGGAGUCAGUCAUUCAGUUUAAUUUUAUACUAGUGUAAAAACUGAAAGUUUGCAAAGAAGACAUGCUGCUUACCUGUAGCACACCGAAGGGUCUUAGGCAGCAAAUCUGUGCUUGUUACCCAGUCUUGGUUUUUCUUUAAAAGAGAUCUUGUAUGUCAGUAUUCUUAAACAUAGGCCUUGUAAAACAUUUUGCUCAGAGAUUUUCAACUUAAAACUAUUGUCUAUGUUAAGUCAACACAGUAGACCUUUAUCCUAAGUAAGUCUUUAUGGUAACUGGAUGACUUUCUCAAUUAGAAUUAUGUGAAACCAACUGAGUUGCCUGCUAAAACUUACAUAGAAUUCAAACUAAAAGCCUAUAAUUACACUGAUUGUACAUAAUACUAAAUAUAUAGGUAACUUAAAUUUGGAAAUGUAUGUUGUAAGCGGAGGAUGCUCUUUUGUUCCCGGCUGUCCAGACCCAAAUAAUCACACAGAACUGUAUUAACUACAACACUGUUUGGUCAAUAGCUUAGGCAUAUUCCUAGAUAGCUCUUAUCUAUCUAGGAAUUAACCCAUUUCUAUUAAUAUGUGUAUUAUCACAAGGCUGUGGCCUAUCACUAAGGUUCUGGCAUCUGUCUCCUUCGGCAGCUACAUGGCGACUCCCUGAUUCUGCCUACUCUCUCUAUAUCUCUGUUCAUAUUUCCUGCCUGGCUUUAUUCUGCUAAGCCAUUGGCCCAAACAGCUUUAUUCAUCAACCAAUAAAAGCAACAUAUAUACAGAAGGACAUCCCACAACAUGUUGUAUUUUAAGUCUGUGCAGUGAGUUGGCCGAACUACUUUGAGGGGAACUUGGUAUCACCUUUAUUGUUCUUAAAACCUGGAUUUUUGAAGAGUUUCUUUGACAAUGUGAGAAACCUUUCUUUGCUGAUGUAUCCAGAUGUUAGCCAGAGCUUGUUUGUGGUCUUCUGUUCUACUCCCAACAGGAAAUAAACAUGAAUUAUGGGUUCACUUUGUGAAGGGAUCAUGUGCAGAAGAAAAUAUUUAUGGAUGAAAUUGUUACAUGAUUCCGUGGUUCUUUUGUACCAGGCUUUUUCUUUUGGUUCACCAGCCAGCUCCCAAAUCAUGACCUGGAGACUUACUAUUAGUUUUGAAUGCUCAGCCUAGCUUAGGCACAUUUUGGCUAGCUAUUUUAACUUAAAUUAACCUGUUUCUCUUUAUCUACCUUUUUGCCUCAUGGCUUAUUACCUUGCUUCUGUAUAUCUUAUUUUCUUUAUGUCUGACUGGCAUCUGCCUGACUUCUCUUGUUCUCUCCUCUUUUCAUUCUUCCUCUUGAGCCUCAAUUUCUCCUCCUGUUUAUUCUGUCUCCCUGCCAGCCCCACCUGUCCUUUCUCCUUCCUGGCUAUUGGUCGUUCACCUUUUUAUUAAACCAGUCAGGUGCCUUAUGCAGGCAAGGUGAAACAAAAGCAAUACAUCGUUAAAUAAUUAAACAAAUGCAGCAUAAUCAAAGGAACACACCUUUAUGCAGUUAAAGUAAUAUUCCACAGCAUAAACAUAUGUAACACAUCUUUGCCCAGUUAAAAUAUUCCACAACAUUCAUUUACUCCAAAUCCUUAAGUUAUUGGAUAACCUUUAAAAGUGAGUCUUCUGGGGGCUAAAGAGAUGGCUCAGUGGCUAAGAGCAUUUGCUGCUCUUGCAGAAGAUCCAGGUUCAGGUUCCAGCACCAACAAGGUGACUCACAAACAUCUGUAACUCCAAUUUCAGGAGAUCCAGUGUUCUCUUCUGACCUGGAGGCACCAGUCACACACAUGGUACACACAAAUCUCAAAAUACUCCCCAAAUAUCUGCUUAAAAUGAAAAGCUGUUAUCAGUAGUGUGUACAGAUAUAUUUGAAUACAGUGACCCAAGGUAGAGAGAUUUUGCAUAUAAUUUCUUAUAAAGUAAACACAAAGAUUUUUAGCUUAUUACAUUUCCAAAAUCAACAGGCGCCCUUUUCAGCAGCAGUCUUUUACGUGGGGUUUAUUCCACGAGAUUACCUUAAAUUUCCAUCCAGGAGACUCUAGACACCGAAGGACCAAGGUCUCUUAUAAGUUAGAUCAAUGUGCUAUAUAUUCUAAAGACCCUUUUCAGUUUUUUUUUUAAUAUUUAUUUAUUUAUUAUGUAUACAAUGUUCUGUCUGUGUGUAUGCCUGCAGGCCAGAAGAGGGCACCAGUCCUCAUUUCAGAUGGUUGUGAGCCACCAUGUGGUUGCUGGGGUUUGAACUCAGGACCUUUGGAAGAGCAGGCAAUGCUCUUAACCACUGAGCCAUCUCUCCAGCCCCCUUUUCAGUUUUUUUGAGACAGUGUCUUUGUAGUCCUGGUUGUCCUUGGGCUUGCUAAAUAGGCCAGGUUGGUCUCAAACUCAAAAGAGGUUUGCCUCCCUCUGCUUCUCCGAAGAGCUGGGACUAAAGAUGUGUGCCACCAUGCCUUGCUCCUGAAGACCAUAUAGAUGCUAGAAUACUGAUACAGUAUCCUUUUAAAGGGACCAGUGAUGGAACAUGAGUCACAAGUAGCUAAUAGAGUUUCAGUUCUGAAGAAUGGUCAUCUGGACAUGUGAGCUGUAUGCCUUGUUUUGGUUGUGUCAAUGAUGGGACCACCUUGGACCUAAAGCAUUGAACUAUUUGAAUUUAAACUAUGAUUUGGAAAUAAAUUAUUUAAAAAUAUAUAAAUGUGCCGGGCAGUGGUGGCACACGAUUAAAGGCGCACGCCUUUAAUCCCAGCACUCGGGAGGCAGAGGCAGGCGGAUCUCUGUGAGUUUGAGACCAGCCUGGUCUACAAGAGCUAGUGCCAGGACAGGCUCCAAAGCUACAGAGAAACCCUGUCUCGAAAAAACUAAAAAAUAAAAUAAAAUAAAAUAAAAAUUAAAUUAAAAUAAAAUAAAAAAUAUAUAAAUGUAAGAUGAAAGCCUAAGUUAUUCUGUAUUGCACAAGCAGUUCAGGUUUUCUGUGAAAACUAUAAAGCUAUUUUGUCUAUUUUGCAUGAAUAGAUCUUACUUUCCUAUACCAGGACCAAGCAGUAACCAAAAUUAGGAUCUUGCUUUUGAGGGACAAAAGUUGUAAGGCUCAUCUUAAUUAUGUCUAUCUAAGUGUUUCCUCCUAGGUCAUCCAGCAAGAACUCUGAUCUCUGAGAUGUAAGCACCCAGCCACUGGUGUAUGUGGGCAGCUGGCAGCUCAUCCUUCUGCCAGAUGUGUGGAGAGAGAAUGGUGAAGUUUUUCAAAGAAUUUAAAUCACUUGUGCAGUAUGUGUUCUUAUACUCAAGCACACCAGCUUUUGAUUCUAAACCUAUUUUUCCAAGCCUAAUGUCCAGUGUUCCAAAAUUAGUUACCUCUCUUUUCAUCAUAAAAUUGAUGAAGGGAUAUGUCAGAGUUUGACUUUUUAAAAAAUAUGUAACAAUAUUUUUAUAGUGUUUGGAUUGAAGGAAACGGAAAAUGGAAAUAACUAGUAUGCACCUAUAGUGUACUAAAGCAAAUAUAAGACAUUGUUAAAGAUAAUUUUUAUUUUGCUUAA